AGCGCCGCUGGCCGACCACCGGGACAGUGAGGAAGUCCGCAAAGGCGCCUUUAGUUAAUCCUUCAUGUUGGCCUGGAGCUGGGGGGCGAGCUCGACUUGGAUAUGAAAACUGACUAAUGUAGAAAGUCAGACAGGUCGGUUUCGCUGCACUCUCCGCCCGUUUCCCUCCGCCUGGUUCACGGUUCCUCAUGGCUCCGCGCGGGUUCCUGGCAGCGGCCGCGGGGCUGCUGGCGAGGUCGGUCAGCGUGCUCUCACACACGGGCACGGCGGCGAGGUGUACCGGUGCCCUCUCUGUAUAUGGAGCCCCACUGAGGUCCUGGACCUCCCAGACCAACGGCCCCCCAAAGAGGCCUCUGAAUGGAUAUCUGAGAUAUGUCAUGCAGCAGAAGCCAGUGGAGACCAGACACAACCCAGACAUAAAAUCUGUUGAGAUCAUCAGGAAAAUCGCCCAGCAGUGGAGGCUGAUGAGCCCGGAGCAGAAGCAGCCCUUCCAGGAGGCCUCUCUCCGGGCCAGGGAGCAGUUCAGGCUGGACCUCCAGAGGUACCAGGCCCAGCUGAGCCCAGCCCAGAUCCAGCAGCAGGCCCUGGAGAAAAGGGAGAGGCUGGCCAAGAGACGGGCCAUCCGGAAGAAGAGGGAGCUGACCAGCCUGGGGAAGCCCAAACGCCCUCGCUCCCCCUUCAACAUCUUUAUGUCCGAGCACUUUGAGGAGGCCAGGGGCACCACCACUCAGUCAAAGAUGAAGUCGCUGCUGGAGGACUGGAGGAACCUAUUCAGCCACCAGAAACAGGUCUACUCACAGCUGGCCGAGGACGACAAAGUCCGCUACAAGAACGAAAUGAGGUCCUGGGAGGACCACAUGCUGGAGAUUGGACGGGAAGACCUCAUCAGAGAACAGACGCUGUCCACCAAGAAAGUGGCCAAAACUAAAGCAGUGAAGAAGGACACAAAGAAGGCCAAACCAGCCAAGAAAGCUGCGGCCAAACAAAAGCCCAAAGCAGCCGGCAGAGCCGCCAAAGCUAGCGCCGCUAACAAAGCUAGUGCCGCUAACAAAGCUAGCCCAGCUAAACGCGUCCUCACAAGCUCCACAAAGAAGAGAUGAGAUGUCCCUGUGUGUCCGGCUUUGUUUCUCUUCUCUUUUUGUCCAGAACUUCAGAGUUCCUAAACUCUCUGUGGCCUCAGCAGAGCAAAGACUGAACUGUUUCAUAGCUCUUCCUUCAUUUAUACUUACAAAUAAACUUUAGAAAAGCUUUUGUACAGUGUUGAGCUGGUUUACUCUCCCUCUCUCACACCUCCUGACAUCAGUGUUUGGUUAGUGUUGGUCCCUGUUGGUGGUGCAGAGUGGCUGACAGGCUUUAUCAAGCACACCACCAGAUGUUUGUACAGAAACUCUGGGCCUGCACAGGCAACUUCCUACAGCACAGUUUGUGUAGACCAAAGUGCUUUACAUAAAAGAUUAAUGCAUCAAGAACAA